GUCAAAAAUGCUUUUCUAUAUGGAGAGCUUGAUAAAGACAUUUACAUGGAGCAACCACCAGGCUAUGUUGCAAAUUCUCAUCCAGACUUUGUUUGCAAACUCAAGAAAGCUCUUUAUGGGUUAAAGCAAGCGCCAAGGGCCUGGUAUGGAAAAAUUGCUCAAUAUUUGCAAUUUUGUGGUUAUCUUGCUUCAGAUUCUGAUCAUAGUUUAUUUGUGAAAAAGCAAUCCAGCUUGCAUGUUAUAGUUCUACUAUAUGUGGAUGACAUAAUAAUAACAGGAAAUGAUGAAAAAGAAAUUGCAAGACUGCAAGAAGAGCUAUCUAUUCGUUUUGAUAUGAAAAAUCUAGGAGAGCUAAAUCAUUUUCUCGGUUUAGAGGUUGAAAAUUUGGAAAAUAGAAUUUUUGUAACUCAAAGAAACUAUGCAGAAAAGCUUGUUGCAAAGUUUGACUUGAAGGAAGGAAAAAAGUGCUCCACUCCACUUGACAUAAAUAUCAGGCUAAGGCGUGAUGAAGGCUCCUUGUUGUCUAAUCCUCAACCUUAUCGUGUUCUUGUUGGAAGUUUGAUUUAUUUGACCAUAACAAGGCCAGAUAUUGCAUUUGCUGUUGGUCUUGUUAGCAGGUUCAUGCAAGCACCUCGAAAGCCACAUCUUGAGGCUGCUAAGAAGAUUUUGAAGUAUGUCAAUACCACCCUUGACAUGGGAUUGUUCUACAAGAAAGAAGCAAACUUUUCUCUACUUGGGUUCACAGAUGCUGAUUUUGGUGGAGAUUUGGCUGAUCGCAAAUCGACAUCUGGUUAUGUUUUCUUGUAUGGUGGGACUAGUAUUUCUUGGUGUAGUAAGAAACAAGAUUCAGUUUCCUUGUCAACUACUGAAGCAGAAUAUAAGGCUUCUGCUCUUGCAGCUCAAGAAUGUGUUUGGCUUCGAAGGCUCAUUGAGGAUCUUGAUUCUCCUAUUCAAGGUUCAACCAGCCUUUAUGGAGAUAAUCAAAGUGCUAUUAGGCUUGCCACCAAUCCAGUUUGUCAUGCAAGGACAAAACACAUUGAGGUGGAGCAUCAUUUCAUUAGAGAGAAGGUUCUGGAAGGAACCAUCAAUGCAUUGGAGGUAAAAAGUCAAGAUAAUGUUGCUGACAUAUUUACCGAGUCACUUUCCAAAAGCUCCUUUGAGAUGCUUCGUUCUCAACUUGGAAUUAUUUCUAGAAAAUCACUUUAAGGGGGAGUGUUAAAAUUAGUAAAGUAAUUUUCUAGAAGGGUUACUGUUCAUGAAUAGCUCUUCAACUUUCAGUUAUGUAAGCGUGUGAGAUCAAAUAUG